AUGAGUGACAAACAACACAUAUUUAGGUCCGAUAGUGGACCACCCUUCCACCAUCCUGUUAUGGACCCAUAUUCCGCUGAUAAAUUGGGGCGCCGUUCCUCAUUUAUGAUAGAGGAUAUCUUGACGCCGAAGUCCAGACUAGAGGGGCUCUGUCUGUCCCCCGGCACCGCCCCAUCCAGGGCAGCACUAGCCGCCGCCCCGUAUUAUCAGCUCUAUGGACUGGGACCUUCUUACCUCUGCCAGCAACCACAGCAACACUUUCUUGGAAAGCCUCUGGAAGCGAAUCCCUUGCUGCUGUCGGCAGGUCUGCCUUUUCCCGGGGCACUGUUUCCCUCGGAUGGGGGCAAGCCAUGCCGGCGGCGCAAGGCUCGAACCGUCUUCAGCGACCAGCAGCUGCACGGGCUAGAGAAGAGGUUCGAAGCCCAGAGGUACCUCUCCACCCCUGAAAGGCUGGAACUCGCCACGGCCCUCAGCCUCUCAGAGACACAAGUGAAAACCUGGUUUCAAAACAGGAGAAUGAAGCACAAGAAACAACUCCGAAAACUGAGUGAUGAUCCAAAAUUAGACCCGCAAUCAUCAGGAAGUUCGAGAUUGCUGGACGAUAUGCGAGGCAUGGUAUCCAGCAGAGAAGAUAGCUUGCAAGAACCAGACGUCGACGUAGUGGGGGAAGAAGAUCAAUGAGAAAAAACCCGCGAUUGAAACUCUAUUACGAAUCUACGAGAAGACUAUCUUUUUAAAGAGCGAACGUUGUUUGUCUAAAUCUAGUCAUCAUGACUGUUUUCUUGAUCAGCAAGUGAUAACUGAUUGGGUUUUUUCUGGAACUUCAUCACUGAUAGAUAUCAAAUCCAGCUUGUUUCUGAUCUAAGCUGUAAUAGAUUAGA